AGACAUAGAGAUCUGUUUAGACGCUGGCGCUAACUCGAUCUGAUCGAGAGUAAAUUGUUAAAUUCAUUCCUCUGGCUGAAUAUUCUACUAUAUCACUCGAUAAUUUCCAAAUUCAUUCUGCGUUAGAUUGGACUUUUGUUUUUGUUUUAUUUUGCUUUUAUCAAAUAAACAAUGGCCGAGGGGGAGUACGACAAAGAUCAAUUGAGAAUUCUGCGCAAUGCCUUCAAAGCUUUCGAUCUGGAAGGCACCGGAUCGAUCGAUCAUAAAGACGUCUCAGCCAUACUCGAAAUUCUGGGCCAGAAGCUUGAACCACCAGCUGUGAAGGCGCUCAUCAAGGAGGUCGACAAGGGCUCCACUGAGAAAUUGAAUUUCAGUCAAUUUUGCAAGCUAGCGGCUCGUUUCAUCGAGGUCGAGGAGGAUGUCGGUGCCCUGCAGAGCGAGCUGAAGGAGGCAUUCCGUGUAUACGAUAAGGAGGGCAAGGGCUACCUGACGGUUGCCACCUUACGAGGAAUUCUUCACGAACUGGACGACAAAAUCUCGAGCCAAGAUCUGGAUUCGAUUAUUGAGGAAAUCGAUGCCGAUGGCUCCGGAACUGUUGACUUCGAUGAGUUUAUGCAAGUGAUGACAGGUUAAAGUUUUGGAGUACAAAAUAUUCAAUACUUUGAGCUUUGACCUGCGAACCUGCUGAAGUAGAUGCACUGGAAAUGGUUUAUGUGGCAGUCUUUUUAUUAAAUCUUUUGAUCCAGAAUUGAAUUUAAGAAUUUAAUUUUUUUGUGCAAAAAUAUAAAUGCAAAAUAUAUUCCAAAACUACAAUAA